GAACUACAUACAAAUGUGAGAGCUUUGCUUUGUUUUAGAGAUUCUUUAGUGUGCAGCUACAAAACCUAGAACGCUAGAAUCGCCGAAACCAGCCAUGGAUCCUCAGCCUGAGCCAGUUAGCUACAUCUGCGGAGAUUGUGGGAUGGAGAAUACCCUGAAGCCAGGUGACGUUAUACAGUGCCGUGAGUGCGGUUACCGAAUCCUUUACAAGAAGCGCACUCGCCGCAUUGUCCAGUACGAGGCGCGCUGAAGAAAACUGCAACAUAAACGUGUACUGGAAUUGUUGCUGUACCUUGUGCAUGGUUAUCUGAUUAUCAAUCAAAUUGAAGAACUAUUUUUAAUACUGGGAUGAUGUGAUUAAUUUCACGCUGCGAUUGUAUAUUGGGAAAAGAAAAAGAACUUUGAACUGUGCGAUUGUAUUAUGAACAUCCAUGUUCGAUAGUUUGCGACUUUUAAAGAAAUGGUUAGCUUCAACUACUAAAAGGAUUGGUGUGC